GAUAUGUAUUUUACUAUAUUAUAAUAUUUCAGGCUAGAGUUAGUAUAUUGUAAUGUGCUACUUUAUGAGUUACUGAGUUUAACUAAGAAUGCUAAUGAAUAUAAAAAAUGCUAGUGUAGCACCUUCAAUGUUGAAAUAUACGAUUAGCAUGCAAAGCAAAAUGAAUAUACAUAUAUUGUUGCCUACAUAUAUGCAGGGAUGGUUACAUAAUAAGCCAAACUCUACGUCAGGGGUUGUAAGUCUAUUCAGAAGCCUCUAAAUGGCAUUUGGGGGAUAAGCAGCAAAGCUGAGUAAAUGGGUUGCACCCAUGAAAAAAAUAGCCAAAUCCUCUCUGCCAUUGCCUGUCUCUGACACCCCCGUUAUAGGAAUCUUGGCCUUCAGUGGUACGAGGGCUCAAUUCCAAAUAAAGCCGCACCUUGAUUUUACGGAACAGAAGUUGCCCUGUCGUAUGGACCCUAUUCAGAUCCAAAUUAUUCAAAUGUGGGAUGAUGCAGAUUCAUGAAGCAGACACUUACUGACUGACCACUGACAUCUCACAGGCAGCACCUGGGGGUACCAGAAGCUCAAAACAAGAAUUAAUAUUACAGGCAGAACAAGCUAUUUGGCAAUGUUGGAGAAGAUUUAUGCAAUCCACAUACUCAGCUCUGAAAUUCAUGCUCCCUACAAAAUUGGCUCCUUUUAAAAGAGAAAUUAGCAGGCUUUCCCAGGGUAUAAGAUUUAUUUUUAAAAUAAUAUACCAAACACAAGUUUCCUUACUUCUUGUGGUGUGUUCAGUGGUGAAGUGCAGCAGCGCUGGUGGCGCGCGCACACUAGAGAGCGCUGUUGCAGAGAAAACGCUCCCGGCUCGUCCCCACGGAACAGUGCGGCUCCAGGAGCGCGCGAGCUCCCCACUCCGCCGCUGCCCGCUGGAGCCGCAUUCCUCCUCACCUGAACCACACAUCUCUCUCUCUCUUCACUCUCUCACCUGCGCUCCACAGCCGACACCACACCACCCAGCGCUCUCUGCACGGACUGAAUGAAUCCCAAACCCAAGAGAAGAAAAUGGGGGAUCGAUCGGAUGGACAAUUGCAUUAAGAAGCAACAAAAAAGGCCUACAAGCCAACAAGAGACUUAGCUGCAGCAAUCAAAAGUGUCACGUUUAAUGGAAUUAUAGCAGUCUACAAGGAAAUAAUGAAAGGGGUGUCAAUGAAGGAAAGCUGAUUCAACAAGACAGGUUGUAAAAACAUUUCCUUACUCUUCUUCUGAACUGAAUCUACAACACUAACACAAGCACACACAAGCUCUCAAAACAUGGUGGAAAACGUGAGCUCCAAGCUGGACAGUAACCCAGUCUCGAACAUCUCCCUGCUGAGCACUGGGGACCGCGUGGCCGAGUCUCUGGAGUACAAGACGGUGUCCGUGUUCCUGGUGCUGUUGGUGUGCGGUGUUGGAAUCGUAGGCAACAUUAUGGUGGUCCUGGUGGUUCUGACUACACGACACAUGAGAACACCCACCAACUGCUACCUGGUGAGCCUAGCUGUAGCAGAUCUAACGGUGCUGGUGGCGGCAGGGCUGCCCAACAUCUCAGAGAGCCUGAUGGCCACCUGGGUGUACGGCCAUGCAGGGUGUCUGGGCAUCACUUACCUGCAGUAUCUGGGCAUCAAUGUGUCCUCCUGCUCCAUCACAGCCUUCACCGUGGAGAGAUACAUAGCCAUCUGUCACCCGAUGAGGGCUCAGACAGUGUGCACAGUCUCCAGGGCCAAACGCAUUAUUGCAGGGGUGUGGGCCUUCACCUGCGUCUACUGCAUGCUCUGGCUCUUCCUGGUGGACAUCCAGGUGAACAGUGACGGGAGGGUGCAGUGCGGCUACCGAGUCUCCCGGGACCUCUAUCUGCCAAUCUACCUCAUCGACUUUGCCAUCUUUUACGUCAUUCCCCUGCUACUGGCCAUCGCCCUCUAUGGCCUCAUCGCUCGGAUCCUCUACCUGAGCCCCCUGCCCCACCCACCCGAUUCUGGCACCGUCACGGCCACCACGCUCAGGAGGAGCUGCAAGGAGCCAGUGGAUGCAGUCAAGGGUCGCCAAGGGAGACCAAAGAGUGCCCUCUCCUCUCGGAAGCAGGUCACUAAGAUGCUGGCUGUGGUGGUGAUCCUUUUUGCUCUACUCUGGAUGCCAUACAGAACGCUAGUGCUUAUCAACUCCUUCGUCAGCAAGCCGUAUCUGGAUGCCUGGUUCCUGCUCUUCUGCCGGACUUGCAUCUACGCCAACAGCGCCAUCAAUCCUGUAGUGUACAACCUAAUGUCCCAGAAGUUCCGCUCAGCAUUCCGCGGCCUGUACCGAUGCCAGCGACAAGCCGGUCACCACCGUACCCUCUCAACUCUUAACACUGCAGCCUGUAGUAUGGCCAGAGACCCCCGAGCCGCUCACAUUGGCAAUGGCACCAGGGAGAUGAUCAGAAACAUCAACUCAGGAACUGCUGACCACAAACUCUGCAGAGACAAAAACACUCUGGAUGAGGAGAGAGAGGCUACGGACAGCACGUGUUUGGAAAACACUGACAUGGACAAGCCCAUUUUCAAAGAUAGCGAAGGUGUGAUUGACACAGGGGAGGAACGCAAUGAUGAAGCAAACUUCAACACAGAGAAAAAAGACUUUGUGGACUGUGACCACUUGAAAAUGGAUGAAAAGGGAGUGAAAGAAAACGAGAAUGGUCCAAGCUUGGAAAAGGAGAUCAUGAGACAGUGCAUUGAUAUUAGGAAAGCUCUGGAGAUCAGCAAAGAUGCUACAACUGAUGUGAUGCCAGACAUUAAAAGCUCAAGCACAGAGAAGAUGGAUACAGAGGUCACUUGUGAUGAGAAGAAGCCUACACAUGGCCAGAAUGCUAAAGAACUGAUACACAGCACGGUGUAGCUUCUCCCACUGUCCUCCCACUGUCCUGAUGCUCUGAAGGCAUUCAGAGGGAUAUCAUUUGGGCGACAAACGUGUUCACACAGGUUUACAGCCCCUACCUGACUACCUGAUACCGCUAAAAAAAAAAACAGUAAGAAACAUCUCACCAUCAAUUUUCAUUACUGAGAGGAUCCUAAAGAUCUCUGUUUUUACACCGGCUGACACCAGUUCUGCUGUGGAAUAUGAAGACUGAGUCCACUUUCACUGCAUAAUUUACAGCGCUUGCAGGAAUGGCGGACGGAUCAGCAACACCUGUUCUCUCUGUUGUGGCUUAGAAGCCUUACAGAAAGUUCCAGUGUUAUCUGCUCAUCCACGUCGCAUUAAACAGCUCAUCCUCUCUGCCUGCAAGGAGCAAGAGAGACUAAUGAAUCCAGCCAACCAGCUUUUUAAAAGCACAGACAGGACCAUGUUCUCCUCCGCAGACUCCUACAAGGCACUUUUAUCUGACAACAGAGCUCAGAGCAUGAAGUCAGGACCAACACCAGUCCAUGUUUUCCCUGCAGCCAACACAAUGCAUUUACAGAGCCUGGCCUGGUGCCAGAGCGCGAGCAGAGAGCGUGGCCAGGGGAAGCGAGUUGUAAUGCAUCAACAUUUGUUCCACAUAAAAGCCCACGCUUCAAGCAGAGUGAUGCUUUACAACUGUUUCAUCUGCCAUUGUGCCCGGAGGCACGACCGCGUUCUCUGGGCCACACUUAAAGACUGCACACGCAUCAGUCCAGUCCAGAGAGCAAAUCAGACAACCUCCAUUUGUGGACCCUUAACAAGUCGUCUAUUUAUUUAUAAAGAGCACAAAAGACACUUUACAUACAACACACUACACUACUGACGUUUUACUGCUGCAUCCAGGAUUUAUCUGUAAACAAGAUUAAUCAUACAUCUAAGACCAGUCCACAACAGGAUUAGUCAUGCACUUAGAACAGUGUUGCUGAUACUGAAAGGUAGCCCUGAAAAGCACUUUGUUGUGAACCCAGUGCCAUCAUCCUCGUUCAUAUUUAUAUGUAGAAAGCAGUCACUGUUUUGUUUAUGGCACAAAUGUGAUAUUCAGAUAUUCUGUUCUAAGUGGUAAUUUUUCUGAUGCUAUAAUGACUUUCGUCAGGCAUCGUUGUUUGUAAUGUACAUUGAUAUUUUACUGAAGUAAUGUUCUCUGUUGUAUUUGCUUUAUACAGCUCAUUGCAUCUAUUGUGCUGUUUCUCCACAAAGAGAGAACAGAGUUGACGGGUCGAGCGUUUGAAAUUGUUUUAUUCGCAGCCACUUUUGUGGCUCAUUAAUCUGAUUCCAGUUGUGCUGUACUGUGAGCUCUGCCUGGUAAUCUGGUGAGAUACAUUUUCUUUUAUCUUCUCCUUUAUCUUCUGCAUCUUUUUGCUACAUCCAUCACCAACCUGCCUAUUCCUGCUUAUUGCUUUAACCUUUGCUGCUCCACUGCCACAUUUCAUUUGAUAAACAUUGAAUGAAAUCUGUGCCAGCGUAAAGAGACUGAUUUGAAAGUGCUGGAGCUCGUUACGCUGAUGUGGCAGCUCUGUUUUUCAGCUAUUAAUUGCAAUGCUGAUGGAGAUGGAAGAAGAAAAAAGGCUAAAUGUUUGUUUUCCCUCUAUAAUGAAGCAAAAAAAAAAGAUCUCAGAGCACAGGAAAAUCAGAGUAUUGCUUUAUUUCAUAUUCAAUUGAGAAUCCAACAUCAGAAAACAAAUAUAUAUAUAUAUAUAUAUAUAUAUAUA